CGGCGGCGGGGCCGAGCUCAACGUCGUGCACGGCGAGGGGGGGGGGGGGGGGCCGGGGCGCGGCCGCGCCAUUGGCUGCCGGGGCGGCGGCGGGGACGAGCGGCGGCGCGCCCCGGUGCGCAGGGCGAGCCGGGCCCGGGCGGUACCGGCAGCGCCGGCAGCACCGGCUGCCCCCCGCCCGCCCCCCGCUACCCCCCCACCCGGUGAGUCGUGUGUGUCUCCCCCGCCCGCACCCCGAGCAUCCCACCCCCGGUCCCGGUGCACCGGGAGGCGAUGACUCUGGUGCGGACGUGCCCGCCGGUUCCCGGUACACCGGGAGCGGGAGGGGCUUCUCCAUCGGUACCGGGGAGGGUUGAGGCCGGGACAGCCCCCCGGACGGGGGGGGAGCCCAAUGGCGGCCGUGGCGGCCGAGCUGGACAACAUGGAGCAGCAGAACAACAACAGCUCCUGGGAGAGCCCUGACCCGCGGGUUUGGGAUGACACCACAGCCACCGCCAAGCUCUUUGAGUGUUCCCGCAUCAAAGCCUUGGCCGACGAGAGGGACGCGGUGCAGAAGAAGACCUUCACCAAGUGGGUGAAUUCCCACCUCGCUCGUGUCUCCUGCCGCAUCGGGGACCUCUACGCCGACCUCCGUGAUGGCUACAUCCUCACCCAGCUGCUGGAGGUGCUCUCCGGGGAGCAGCUGCCCAAACCAACGCGUGGCCGGAUGCGGAUCCACUCCUUGGAGAACGUGGACAAGGCACUGCAGUUCCUCAAGGAGCAACGGGUGCAUCUGGAGAACGUGGGCUCCCAUGACAUCGUGGAUGGCAACCACCGCCUCACCCUCGGCCUCAUCUGGACCAUCAUCCUCCGCUUCCAGAUCCAGGUGAUCAAAAUCAAGACCGAAGACAACCGGGAGACGCGCUCGGCCAAGGAUGCUCUGCUGCUCUGGUGCCAGAUGAAGACGGCGGGCUACCCUGAGGUGAACAUCCAGAACUUCACCACCAGUUGGAGGGAUGGGUUGGCCUUCAACGCUCUCAUCCACAAGCACAGGCCAGACCUCAUCGACUUCCACAAACUGACGAAGUCCAAUGCGACCUACAACCUUCAACAAGCCUUCAACACGGCCGAGCAGCAGCUGGGGCUCAGCAAGCUGCUGGACCCUGAGGACGUCAACAUGGAGGACCCCGAUGAGAAGUCCAUCAUCACCUACGUGGUGUCCUUCUACCACUACUUCUCCAAGAUGAAGGCGCUGGCUGUGGAGGGGAAGCGCAUUGGGAAGGUUCUGGAUCAGGCCAUGGAGAUCGAGGCCAUCAUUGAGCGGUACGAGGCACUGGCAGCUGAGCUGCUGGCCUGGAUCCAGCACACCAUCACCAUCAUCAGCAACCAGAAGUUCGCCAACUCCUUGACCGGGGUGCAGCAGCAGCUCCAAGCGUUCACUGCCUUCUGCACCCUGGAGAAGCCCGUCAAGUUCCAGGAGAAGGGGAACCUGGAGGUCCUGCUCUUCACCAUCCAGAGCAAGCUACGGGCCAACAACCGCAAGCUCUAUGUCCCCAGCGAGGGCAAGAGCAUCUCCGACAUCAAUAAGGCUUGGACCUGCCUGGAGAAGGCAGAGCAUGAGCGGGAAGUGUCACUGCGCAAUGAGCUGAUCCGUCAGGAAAAGCUGGAGCUUCUGGCCCAACGUUUUGACCACAAGGCCAUCAUGAGGGAGACAUGGCUGAAUGAGAACCAACGCCUGGUCUCGCAGGACAACUUUGGCUACGACCUGCCAGCAGUGGAGGCCGCCAUGAAGAAGCACGAGGCCAUCGAGGCUGAUAUCUCCUCCUACCAAGAGCGCAUCCAGGUGGUGGUGGAGCUGGCCCUGGAGAUGGAAUCCGAGGGCUACUACGACACCAAGCGCAUCAGCGCCCAGAAGGACAACAUCCUUCGGCAAUGGGGGCUGUUGACUGAGCUGGUCCGCGCCCGCCGUGCCCGCCUUGAGCAGAACCUGGCCCUGCAGAAGAUCUUCCAGGAGAUGGUCUACAUGAUUGAUUGGAUGGAGGAGAUGCAGGUGCUGCUGGUCUCCAAGGAUUUGGGGAAGCAUCUUCUGGAGGUUGAGGACCUGCUUCAGAAGCAUGGGCUGCUGGAGGCCGACAUCUCUGCCCAGACUGAGCGGGUACAGGCGCUCAACACUGCCGCGCUCAAGUUCUCGGAGCUGGAAGGCUACCAACCCUGCGACCCCCAGAUCAUCUGCAACCGGGUCAACCACGUCCAGACGUGCCUGGAGGAGCUGGGGGAGCUGGCGGGCAAGAGACGCAAGGAGCUGGAGGACUCCCGCCAGCUUUGGGCCUUCUUCCAGGAGAUGGAGGAGGCCGAGGUGUGGAUCCGUGAGAAGGAGCAGAUCCUGGCCGCCAAGACAUGCGGCCGGGACCUGAGCAGCGUCUUGACGUUGACCAACAAGCACAAGAGCAUGCUGGGUGAACUGGGCAGCCGACGGGCGCUGUUGCACCAGACCAUGAAGAGGGGCGAGCAGAUCUUGGCCAAGAAACGCUUCAGCCCUGGUGGGAUCCAGGAGAAGAUGCGGGAGGUUCGCCUCCGCUGGAAGAAGCUGGAGGAGGUGACGGGGUUGCACCAACAACGGUUGCAGGAGGCCCUCAACUUCUUCCAGUUCAGCGCCGAGACGGACGACCUGGUGGCCUGGUUGCAGGACACCUACCGCAUCGUCUCCAGUGAUGACUUUGGCCAUGAUGAUUAUUCCACCCAAGCUCUUCUACGGAAACACCGGGCGGUGGUGGAAGAGGUGGAGAAGCACCGGGCCGCCGUGUUGGCCCUUCGGAAGCAGUUGGCUGUUCUGGCACCCGAGCAUCGUCAAGGGGUUGACGUACAGAUCCGGGUGGUGGAGGUGGAGCAGCUCUAUGGGGAGGUGGCCGAGGUGGCCGUACUGCGGCAGCAGUGGUUGCAGGAUGCCUUGGCCGUCUACCGUAUGUUCAGUGAGGUGCACGCCUGUGAGGUCUGGGUGGACGAGAAGGAGCAGUGGUUGGAGAGGAUGGAGGUGCCAGAGGAGCUGGAUGAGGUCGAGGUGGUCCAGCACAGGUUUGAGAGCCUGGACCAGGAGAUGAAUAGUGUCAUGGGACGGAUUUUGGAUGUCAACCAGGUGGUGCAGCAGUUGGUGGAUGGGGGCCACCCCAGCUCGGAGGAGGUCCGCUCCUGCCAGGACCACCUCAACAGCAGGUGGAACCGGGUGGUGGAGCUGGUGGAGCGCAAGAAGGAACAACUCGGCUCCGUCCUGAAGAUCCAGAACUACCUGCUGGAGUGUGGCGAGAUGAAGGCGCAGGUGCGGGAGAAGAGAAAAGCCAUCGAAGCCACGCAGUCCGGUGGCGGUGACCUGGGCGGCGUGUUGGCCUUGCAACGCCGCCUCUCCACCAUGGAGGCUGCUCUGGUGGUCUUGGAACCUCGGCUGGUGGAGCUUCAACGGGAAGGUGAAGCCUUGGCUGCCUCCCACCCUGGAAGAGCCCUGGAGAUCCUGCUGCCCUUCGAGCAGAUCAGCGAGGAGUGGGAAGCCCUGAAACGGGCACUGCAAGGUUGUGAGGACUCCUUGACUGUUGCCGGUCGCUUGCAACAAUUCAUCCAAGACUUGGACAACUUCCUCAGUUGGUUGGUGAAGACACAAGCGGCCGUAGCCUCUGAGGAGGUGCCGGAUAGCUUGGCUGAAGCGGAGAGGUUGUUGAAUCAACAUGCAGCCCUUAAGGAGGAGAUCAACGGCUACGAGGAGGACUACGCCAAGAUCCAAGCAGCCAGCGACCUGUUGGCCUUGGAGGAGACGGAGGUCCCCUACCUCUCAUUGCAGCAGUGGUUGCAGAAGCUGGAUGCAGGUUGGGGCAAGCUGCUGCAGAGCUGGGAGACACGGCGAGAGGUGCUGGUGCAAUCUCACGUCUUUCAUCUCUUCCUCCGGGAUGUCCAGCAGUGCAAGACCAGCCUCUACAACCAGGAGUCCACCUUGGUCCAUGCUGAGCUCCCCGACACAGUGGAAGAGGUAAACAACGCCAUCAAGAAGCACAAGGACUUCACCACCACCAUGGACCUCAACCUGCAGAAGAUCCAACUGGCCCUACAAGCUGGUGAGAGCCUCCAACGUCAAGGAAACCUCUACAGCGACCGUGUGGCUGAGGCGAUGGAGAGUCUCCGCACCAAAAGCCACCACAACUACCAGCUGGCGCAGGAGUGGAUGCAGCGGCUCCAGGACCACCUCGAGCUGCAGCGGUUCCUCCAGAACUGCCACGAGCUGGAUGGCUGGAUCCGGGAGAAGGUGCUGAUGGCGGGGGACCCCUCCCGGGACCCCCCCCCCCGCCCUCCCAAACCAUGGCUGAAGCACCAGGCGUUCAUGGCCGAGCUGGCGCAGAAUAAAGAGUGGCUGGAGAAGAUCGAGAAGGAAGGUGAAGAACUUCUCCUUGCCAAACCCGAAUUAUCUGGCGCCGUUCGGCGUCAACUGGAAGAGCUCCGGCAAUGUUGGGUAGAGUUGGAGACCACCAGCCAAGCCAGGAGCCAGCGGCUGGCCGAAGCCGCCGCCGCCGAACGCUUGGCGAGGAGCUACGCCGACAUGGAGGCGCGGUUGGGGCGGCUGGAGGAGCAGCUGGAGACAGUGGGGGCGGGAGCCGACCUGCUUAGUGUCAGCAGGCAGCUCAAGAGGUUGCAGACGAUGGAGUCGCAGGUGGAGGAGUGGUACAAGGAGGUGGGUGAGCUGCAGGUGCAGGCAGCAGCGCUGCCUGCGCAGGCAGCAGGCAGGCAGACAGUGGGGGAGCGGCAGAACGCGGUGGGGACCCGCAUCGUCCGUCUCAUCGAGCCCCUCAAGGAACGUCGGAGAAUCCUGUUGGCUUCCAAGGAGGUUCAUCAGGUCAGCCACGAGCUGGAGGACGAGGUGCUGUGGGUGCAGGACCGCCUGCCCUUGGCCACGUUGAAGGACCAUGGCACCAACCUGCAGACAGUCCAGCAGUUCAUCAAGAAGAACCAGAACCUCCGCCGGGAGAUCCAGGUCCAUCGUCCUCGUGUGGACGAGGUGCUGGAACGUGCCGGAGCCGUCGCCUCCAUCAAGAGCCCCGAGGCCGAAGGGGUCCGACGUCUUCUGGAGCGGUUGGGGACCAUGUGGGGGGAGCUGCAGGAGCAGGCAGAGCGCAGGCAGCAAACCUUGGAUGCCACCUACCAGCUGGAGCAAUACUACUUCGAUGUGGCUGAGGUGGAGUCGUGGCUGGGCGAGCAAGAGCUGCUGUUGAUGAGCGAGGAGAAAGGAAAGGAUGAGCAGAGCACCCUACAACUCCUCAAGAAGCACCUCCUGACGGAGCAAACGGUGGAGAACUAUGAGGAGACCAUCACCCAACUCUCCCGACAAUGCCGCGCCCUUCUAGAGCUUGGCCAUCCUCAAAGCGAACAGGUCAGCAGGCGGCAGUCGCAGGUUGACCGGCUGUACGUGUCUCUGAAGGACCUGGUGGAGGAACGCAAGGCCAAGUUGGAGCAGCAAUAUUGGCUCUACCAGCUCAACCGCGAGGUGGACGAGCUGGAGCAUUGGAUCGCCGAGAAGGAGGUGGUGGCUGGCUCACCGGAGCUGGGACAGGACUUCGAGCACGUCACGCUACUCCAGGAGAAAUUCCUGGAGUUUGCCAGCGAGACGGGCAGCAUUGGGCAGGAGCGGAUCGCUGCUGUCAACCAAAUGGUAGAUGAGCUGAUUGACUACGGGCACGCCGACGCCGCCACCAUUGCCGAAUGGAAGGACGGGGUGAAUGAAGCUUGGGCAGAUCUUCUGGAGCUCAUGGAGACCCGGGCGCAGAUGUUGGCGGCUUCCCAUGAAUUGCACAAGUUCUUCAAUGAUUGCAAAGAGGUUUUGGGGCAAAUUGAGGAGAAAAGGCAACGCCUGCCUGAACUGGCAGCCCGUGAGGGCAGGACAUCGGCUGGCGCCUUGCAACGGGCGUUGGGUGCCUUUGAGCACGAUGUGGAGGUGUUGGUAACCCAAGUCCGGCAGCUACAAGAGGGCGCGGCACAGCUGAGGACCCUCUAUGCCGGGGACAAUGCCGAGGCCAUCGCCGGAAGGGAGCAGGAGGUGCUACGGGCAUGGAAGGAGCUCUUGGCAGCGUGCGAGGAGUGCCGGCUCCACGUCGCCAGCAUCGCUGAUAAGAUCCGUUUCGUCGGCACCGUGAGAGACCUUCUCACCUGGAUGGAUGGUGUCCUCUGCCAGAUCGGCGCUGGAGAGAAACCCAGGGACGUCUCCUCGGUGGAGCUGCUGAUGAACGACCACCAAGGUCUCAAGAGCGAGAUCGAAGCCCGCGGCAAGAGCAUUGCCGCCUGCCUGGAGCUAGGCAAGACCCUCAUCCUCAGCAAGAGCCCAGCGGCCGAUGAGAUCAAAGCCCAUGUGGAGAAGCUGCUUGCAAAGAAGAAGGAGAUGAUGGAGAAGUGGGACAAGCAUUGGGAAUGGCUGCAGCAGAUGCUGGAGGUGCACCAGUUUGCCCAGGAAGCGGUGGUGGCCGACGCUUGGCUGACGGCACAGGAGCCCCUCCUGAAGAGCCAGGAGCUGGGCAGCAGUGUGGACGAGGUGGAGCAGCUGAUCCGGCGGCACGAGGCUUUCCGUAAGGCGGCCGCCGCUUGGGAGGAGAGGUUCAGCUCCCUGAGACGGCUCACCAUGAUCGAGAAGCUGAAAGCAGAGCAGAACAAACAGCCGCCGACGCCGCUCCUCAGCCGCAAAUUUUUGGGGGAACCCCCGGGGGGGUCAACGCCAUCUCCGGCUGGGUCCGAGCGCCCCGAAAGCCGCCGGCUGGAGCCCCGCGUCGCCUACGUCCGCCAUGAGCUCCGUCCCGAGCGCCUGCAGCCCAAGCUUGACCGCGUCCAGGGACCUCCAGGAGAUGGGGUUCCCGGGGGGGAACCCCCCCCUCCCGCUGCCGCCGGUGAGACCCCGGUGCCCCCCAAAACCGAAGAGCCCGGGGAGGGCAGGACAGGGCUGCUGGAACGGCGCCGGGAACGGCGAGAGCGCCGGUUGGAGCGGCAGGAAUCCAGCGAGCCGGAGCUGCCGCGGCACGAUGGCAAGGGUGGCGGCAAAGCCACGUUGGCCGACAUCGUGGAGCAGCUGCAGGAGAAGGAGGCGGGUGGCCCCUUGCCGGCUUCACAACCCCUUGACGUCUCCUUGGUGUCCCCUCAAUGUCCCCUUGGCGUCCCCACCUCGGGGGGCUGCCAGGACCCACAUCCCGAUGUCCAUCACCCCCCCGCCCAGCCCCGGGAGCGGGAGUCCCCCGCCCGCCUGCCCGCUGGCCCGGAGGGGCUACCGGAGAGGAUGCCGCGACCCGACCGUCCCCGUGCCCGUGACCGUCCCAAACCUCGCCGACGUCCGCGACCCAAAGACCCCUCCCAAGGCCCGGGGGAGACACGGAGGUCGCGGUCAGCCCCAGCGCAGGGCAGCGCUCCCCCACCACCACCACCACCCACCCACACGGUGCAGCACGAGGGCUUCCUCUUCCGCAAGCACGAGCUCGAUGGACCCAACAAGAAGGCGUCCAACAGAUCCUGGGUGAACCUCUACUGCGUCCUGAGCAAGGGUGACCUGGGCUUCUACAAGGACGCCAAGGGACAAGCGGCGGGCAGCACCCAUGGUGGUGAACCCCUCCUCAACCUCCACCACUCCACCAGCGAGGUGGCCAGCGACUACAAGAAGAAGAAGAACGUCUUCAAGCUCAAGACCAGCGAUGGGAGUGAGUUCCUCCUGCAAGCCAAGGAUGAGGAGGACAUGCGGGGAUGGCUGAGGGCGCUGGCCAUCUGCGCCCAGGAGCACGCCGAGGUGGCCCGGUGGAGCCAAGGUCUUCUCACCACGUCCUCCACCGACGAGGGCCUCCCCCGGCGGGAGGGCGACCGGCGCCCCAGCACCUCGGGGAGACGGAAGUGACACCCCCACACCACCCAUUUUUUGAGGGGACCCCCCCACCCUCACCCCCCCCACCCAUCGGGGUGGGGACUCAGCUCGGCUGUGGACCCACCCAGAGGAGCUCCAGGGUGGGGAGAUGGGGGGGGUGUGUGUUUUGGGGGACACCCCCCCACACACACACUUUGUGACACAGGGCUUGGGGGGGGGGGAAACUGUAUGUGGGGAGGGGGUGCCCCCCCCAAAAUCCAGGGUGCCCCCUAAAUUCUAGGUGCCUCCAAAUCCUGCAUACCCCCCCCAAAUCCAGGGUGUCCCCCCCUCAAAUCCAGGGUGCCUCCUCCAAAUCCUGGGUGCCCCCCAAAUCCUGGGUGCCCCCCCCAUCCUGGAUUUGGGGGGCAGGGGGUCGGUGCCUGGGGCAGCUGCUGGGUGGGAGGGGAGACAGCCCCCCCCCUUGGGCCCCCCCCAAAAAUUCCUCCUCCCAGGGGUCCCCUCCCUUGGCCCCCCUUUUCCCAUGCACAAGCCAUAGAGCUGGGGGGGGGGGUGUCCCCAUCAUCCGGGGGGGGUCCCCAUCACCCUGGGGUACCCCAAAUUCGACAUUGGUGGAAGGUGACAGAGCCCCAUGCCCCCCCCCCACAAUCGGGUGGUGGUGGUGGGGAGGCAGAGUACAUAUUUGUAAAGAUUUUAACAAAAGCCAGGAAAAGAACCCCCAAAAUUAACACACACCCCCCCCAAGCACUUGUCCCACACACACCCUGGGGACCCCCCCCCCUUGGGGACACCCCGCCUCCCUCCGGGCUCGAGCGCCGUGCUGUGAUUGUAUAAAUGUAAUAAACACACACCC